UCCUGGUACUUGUUCUACUAAGGUUGUGUUUGCCCUCCUGCUCUUUCAUGAUUCAUGAAAGAGACCGUGAGUGUCGCUCUAAAACUCAAGACAACAACCCUUCUUUCCAAACCUUCUUACCCCACCACUCUUCUACUUCCAUUUCCUCUCUCUUCCCUACAAUGUGGAACCUUGCUGCAAUCACUCGCCAACUCAAAAUCCUUCACACAAACACAACAACUCCAUGCCCACGUCACCACCUGCGGCACACUCCUCCACAACACCUACCUUGCCACCAAGCUCUCUGCUUGCUACGCUUCUUGCGGCCACAUGCCUCAGGCCCAACUCAUCUUCGACCAAAUAAUCUUAAAGAGUUCAUUUUUAUGGAAUUUCAUGAUCAGGGGCUAUGCUUGUAAUGGGUGUCCUUCAGAGUCCCUUUUUUUGUACCGUGAAAUGUUCAGUUUUGGACAAAAGCCUGAUAAUUUCACCUACCCUUUUGUUCUAAAGGCUUGUGGUGACCUUUUGGUUCGGGAAAUUGGUAGAAAGGUUCAUGCUUUGGUGCUGGUUGGUGGGUUGGGGUUGGAUAUUUAUGUGAGUAAUUCAAUGCUUUCGAUGUAUUCCAAGUUUGGUGACAUGGCAACUGCGAAGUUGCUGUUUGAUAAAAUGCCUGUGAGGGAUUUAACUUCUUGGAACACUGUAAUUUCGGGGCAUGUGAAGAAUGGUGAGGCAAGGGAUGCUUUUGCAGUUUUUGGUCGCAUGAGAAGGGCUGGUGUUGUUGGAGAUGGGACCACCUUGCUUGCCCUUCUCUGUGCUUGUGGUGAUCUUAUGGAUUUAAGGAUGGGAAAAGUGGUUCAUGGAUAUGUUGUUAGGAAUAGUGGUAAAGUGUGUAAUGAGUUUCUGAUGAAUUCUCUGAUUGACAUGUACUGCAAAUGUGAUACCUUGUCUGGUGCGAAGACGUUAUUUCAAAAUUUGAAAGUGAAGGAUACCGUGUCCUGGAAUUCUUUGAUUUCUGGCUAUGCAAAGCGUGGGGAUGCUUUUAAAGUUCUUGAACUUUUUAGUCAAAUGAUUAUAGGAGGUGCAAUUCCUGAUGAAGUGAGUGUGAUUUCUAUGCUUGGAGCUUGUAAUCAAAUCUCAGCCUUGCUAUUGGGUUCAUCUGUUCACUCAUAUGUUGUUAAAAAGGGUUAUGGAGUGAAUACUGCUGUGGGAACUGCCCUUAUUAGCAUGUAUGCAAACUGUGGAAGUUUAUUUUCUGCCCGUUGUGCUUUUUACGAGAUGCCCGAAAAACAAUUGGCUUCAUGGACAGUAAUGGUUACAGGAUUUGGAAUUCAUGGGAGGGGAAGAGAGGCCAUCACCAUAUUUUAUGAAAUGCUAGAUAAAAAUAUUGCUCCAGAUGAGGGCAUUUUCACUUCAGUUUUAUCGGCUUGUAGUCAUUCUGGAUUAGUGGAUGAGGGUAAACAAAUUUUCUAUAGUAUGACCAGAGACUAUAAUGUGGAGCCUGGACCCACUCAUUAUUCAUGUUUAGUGGAUCUACUUGGCAGAGCAGGGUACAUAGAUGAGGCAUAUGCAGUUAUAGAAAAUAUGAAAUGGAAACCUAAUGAAGAUGUAUGGACUGCUCUUCUUUCUGCUUGCAGAUUACAUAGGAAUGUCAAGUUAGCAGAGAUCUCAGCUCAGAAGCUUUUUGAAAUGAAUCCUAAUGGAGUGAGUGGCUAUGUUUGCCUUUCCAACAUCUAUGCUGCUGAGAGACAGUGGAAGGACGUUGAAAAGGUUAGGGAAUUGGUGAAAAAAAAGAGAUUGAGGAAACCACCUAGUUUCAGCUUUGUCGAGUUAAAUAAGUCUGUUCAUCAAUUUUUUGUUGGAGAUACAACCCAUCAACAGUCCGACAAUAUUUAUGCAAAAUUGAAAGAUUUGAAUGAGCAGCUCAAGAAAGCUGGGUACAAGCCCGACACUAGUUCAGUUCUCUAUGAUGUUGAGGAAGAAAUAAAGGAGAGGAUGCUGUGGGAUCAUAGCGAGAGAUUGGCACUUGCUUUUGCACUUAUUAAUACUUGUCCAGGAACCACAAUCAGAAUAACCAAGAAUCUUCGUGUGUGUGGCGAUUGCCACACAGUAAUAAAAAUGAUUUCUAAGAUCACGAGUCGGGAGAUUAUCAUGCGAGAUAUUUAUAGGUUUCAUCAUUUUAGAGAUGGCUUAUGCUCAUGUGGUGGAUAUUGGUGAGUUUAUGGAAGUCUGAUGAAGUAGUAGAUAGAAUUCAAAAUAAGGAGAAUGCAAUUCUUUUGUUGGAUGGAAUAUUUCACAUUAUAUACGAGAAGCCCCAACUUAUCCAUACCUAUACACAAGAAGUCAGGUCCUUCCUGGCUGCUGUACCAAGCUUGCCAAACUCUCAUUCAACCAGACACCCUGCCUUAACAUACCAGCCACUUUGUCUUGUGCUCAAAUAGAUGGAUAAAUAUAGAUUCAUUUACUAUAUCAUUUUCUAGAUGUUCUUCUCUUGCAUCAUAGUAGCCACUACCAAGUAAUUUCUCUAAUACUUGUUAUAUUGUUUUUCCAUGUGAACUUAUUUUCCUUUUUAUGCGCCAUUCUAUUUUAACAGAUAACAAAGUGAAAUAAGGUGACGUUUUUCUAACUAUUUGUGAAACAGAAAAUGAAAAUAGGAAAUUUUUUCACAAACCGAAUGCAUCCUUAGUACCUUAUUAUGGUAACAAUUGAGAUGAAAAGACCAAAGAUUGGAAGGAUUUAGAAUACAAGAGACGUGUUGGAAUGGAGGAGAUAAAUAAGAAGAAUGUUAUAGGGUUAAUGGAUGGAGCGAAUAGAGAAUUGAAAUAAAACGAUGAAACACUGGACCAAAAUGCAGCUAAGAAAUUCAUCCAUGUAUGAGAUAAGCGGAAAUAAUGAAUUGCCAUUGAACAUGAGUAAAUCAUGCCGGCUACACUUCAAUGAUCUUGCAGAUUUUUUUAAUUACUCCUCACGUCAAAUUGGCAAAUCAACCAUCAACUUUCAUGUCUGUCUCUGAAAGCCAGGGGAACGGGGCUGUUGGUUUAGUUGCUUCAAGAAGAACCUCAAUGGGAAUCUUUGGUUCUGGUGGCUUCAAUGGUGUUAUGGCCUGAUUGUACUUUUGAGGGUCUGCACAGUAAUCCUGCAAUUUGAUGGGAGAGGAUUAGCUGGCAGUAUGGUAAUUAUGAAACUGAAGAAAUUUCAAAAGUAUUAUCUUUUAAGUGCAUGCAUAACAGCUUCUCACCUGAUCUGCAUGAAGCUUCAGCACAAAUUUUUUGAAUAUAGCAAAAUUUGAUUGUUGUAGUAGGUCAUCUGAAAGACGAAGGUACGUGAAUCCGAUCAUCUUUAGUUUUGGAGGGCCAUUUUUGUUGACACCUUGUGGCCUUGCAUUCAGUAUGAUCUGGUUGUAAGCAGUGGCAUCAUACCUUGGAAGUGCAUUUUCUCCAGCAACUUGGAUAUUUUCUUUCCAACCUCCACUAAAGACCUGUGCAUGUAUUCAUGUUUGGCAAUUUAACCACUACAAUACAGAAAUUACACUUGGCCAGGCAUCAUCUUUAACAAGAAGAGCAAACAUGAAACUAACGAAAAAUGUAAUGAAUUACCUGCUGGACAAGUUCCUGUGGUCCACUUUUGGCAUCAGCGCUUUGUUCUGAGUCCUUCAUCUCAAGACAUGUAAAGUUAAGGAUGGCAUGAUGACGAGACAGCAUUCUUGCAAUGGGACGGUAUCCAUCUCUAUCAUGAAGAUUGUAAUAUCCAGCAGUAAGCUCAGCAGCAUGAUUUUCAACUUUGUACCACCAGUGGAUUCCAGAUACCUGUUACCGCGUAGCGGUUAAUAAUUAUUUGGCAGAAAAUGUUGUGGACUGUUAAUUGAGGUGUUAUGAAAUUUACUUUGAUCGCUAAGUUGACUUUACAGCCCAGGAAAGCUUUGUUGGCUUGUUCUAGAAUUUCAUCUCCAUGAUUCAGCAAUUUGGUAGAAUACCAAGUUAAGAAGAACUUCCCUUUCUCAGUGACAUAUGUGCCAUUUGAUUUGAAGAACCCAGUAGAUUCUGGUACGUCGUUAUACUUCCCUGCAUCAUCUGGCAGAUCCCAUUCAGGAUGGCCAGCCGUUGCUGCAGCUGCUUUAAAAUCUGCCUUCAAAUAUUUGUCAUAGCACUGCAGAAUUUCAUAUUUAUGAUGAUGUUUUCAAGUGCUAAAAUCCCAGUUUGGGUCUGAAACUAUUUUGCUUGAAAUCUGAGGGCGGACUCACCUGAAAUUCUCCAAUACCAGGAAAUUUCCAUCCUUGACUUUCUGGAUAAGAGGGGUACCUGAGCUCUCCUGCUGGGCCAAGUCCAACUUCAACAUCUACAAUAAGCCCAGAUGCAAGAAAAUCUGACAUGUUUUCUCGGAAACUCUUCAUGUAGUCACUGUAUAUCUGCAUACAGCAGCAAGUUUAAACAUGCUGUAAUAACCAAGAUAAUUAUUCAUAUAGCCAUACAUUUAGAAGUUGUCUGCAAUAUAUCUUAUUACA